UUGAGUAAUCACUCCUGACGUAGUCCUUUAGGUUUCACAUAACUUUCCCGGUAGAGGGUUUGAAACCGAAAGCACUCGUUUGCGCCAUUUUCUUUACAUCCUUUGUUUGGUGCUAUAUCGGCGGGUCACUGACGAGUGAGCAGACAUGCUGGUCCCAGAGCUGCUCUUAGAAACACUGCAAGACCUGACUAAUGAUGACUAUAAAACAUUUAAGUGGUACCUCACCAUGAAGAUCGUGGACAGCUGCAAACCAAUUCCCAGGUGCAAACUCGAGGGCCAAGACCGUAUGGACACUGUGAGUUGUAUGAUAGACAGCUACGGCGAAGCGAUAGCUGUGAAAGUCUCUGUUGCGAUCCUGAGGAAAAUGAAUGUCAACAACAUCGCAGACGACUUACAGGGCAAGUUUGAAGCCGCAGAGGGCAGAACACCUGGAUCCUCUGGAUCCUCUACUUUAAAUCCUACCGCUGGAGCCACGAUGUCGGCUCAGCAGGGAGGAAUGGUUAUCGCCCCCACGUUCACCGGUAGCAGCACCGGACCUGUGAAUAUAACCAUCCACCAAAAAUAAUCUCAAUGGCGAUUAGAGCGGAGGGCACAAUAUACGUAGUUUGUAAUUAUUUCUUUCCUUUACAUGAAAUGAAAUUAAUGUUAACUGGUGAUUCUGAACAGGGCCGAGGUAUGAGCUGUGUCAGCCCUGUGAUGGAUGGGAUCUUUUCACACAGUCCAUCUGGUGGAUGUUUCCAUGUAGCUUACACAGUGCAAUCACAUAUUCCUUUUAACACAGGAAUGCCCGGCAUAUGUAACAUCUUUUAAUGAUGCCAGUAAUUAUUGCAGCUACAUAUAAUGCCAUGUAAAGAAUAUACUCUGGAAUAUACUCCGGAAGAGUGUACUCUGUUUACAAUUUGCAGUUUUUAAAGUCUGAUAAACAACCAAAAAAAAGUCAAUCCUGGGAGGGAGUAGCAAAGAGAGACACUUACAUGUACGGGCAUAUUCAUCAUUCAGUUGACUGUAUAACAAACACACACAUCAGGGUCAUUUAGGGUUCUUUAUCUUCCCUUAUCAUGAAACAGCAUGGAUUAUAUCCCAGAAUCCUGAAAAUAAAGCCUGUAAGUGGAAUUAAGCAGCUAUUCAUUUUAAUCUUUAUUCCUUUGAUUUAUCUGUUGUAACAUGUACAAAUGUCCACCUGUGCUUUGCUGUUUCAACAGACUCUGUGAAAUGUUCAAAUUAAAGCAGGCCUGUUAAGCUGUGUAUGUAAACGUA